UUGAUUUAAGAACCAGAAGGUGCACUACGGUGUCCGCAGCAUUUCGGUAGCUUGCCGCUGUUAGUUCACGUGAUGAGUGAUUGAGAGUGAACGCGACAAAUCACACGCUCUGUAUUUCACGGGAACUUAUUGGUAGCACUCGCCAUAAAGGCGUGUCGAUGUGUAGUUGCCACUAGCCAAUGGGAGUACAGCUGGGAUCCAAGAGGAAAAUGAAGAUACACUGUCCUCCACGAGCGCUGGUUCAUCAUGGACAUAAGUCCAUCUUAGGACUCCACAAAUGCAAGCAUGAGAAGCAUGGUCACCACGGAAAACACAAGCACGGACAUAAACAUCAUGGUCACAAGCACGGACAUAAGCAUCACGGCCGCAAGCAUGCCAAGCAUCUAGUAUGUGAUGAAGAUGGAUUUUGGGGUCAUAGAUUUCAUGGUCAUGGACCACAUGGCCAUGGACCACAUGGUCAUGGGCCACUUGGUCAUGGACCACAUGGUCAUGGGCCACUUGGUCAUGGACCACAUGGUUGUGGACCACACGGUCAUGGACCACACGGUCGUGGACCACAUGGUCAUGGACCACACGGUCAUGGACCACACGGUCAUGGACCACAUGGUCAUGGACCACACGGUCAUGGACCACACGGUCAUGGACCACAUGGUCAUGGGCCACUUGGCUGUGGACCACAUGGUCAUGGACCAUUUGGCUGUGGACCACAUGGCCAUGGCCCACACGGCCAUGGACCACAUGGUUUUGGACCACACGGUCAUGGACCACAUGGUCAUGGUCCGCAUGGACAUGGAAAGCAUGGUCAUGGUCCACAUGGACAUGGAAAGCAUGGUCAUGGUCCCCAUGGUCAUGGCCCACAUGGUCAUGGACCUCAUGGACCUGGACAUCAUGGCCCAGGUUCCUCUGAUCAAGGAUUACAUGGCCAUGGACACCAUGGUCGCAAACAAAGAGGCCAUGAAACAUCUGAGGAUGUUAUGUGGCUUGUUGACUGCUGUGGUUGUUGUGAAAGUGAGGAGGAGACAUCGCCUGUGCGUGCUAUGCCAAAGCGUCCUGCCACAGUCUGAAACAGUGCAAAUGCAUUUUUUUAAUCAAGAAGUAUGUUUACUGAAAGCAACAUAAGUGCCGCAUAAGCAUGUAUGUAUGAGCUGCAUAAUUGAAGUACAUCCAUCUCAUCAUUAUUCAAACAAAUUGUAGGUGUAGUAUGAAAUUAUGUGAACCAGAUGUUAUAAAAACUGCAGCAAAGAGAAGCCUAAAGAAACUUAGCAGCAGAAAUCAAUUUCUUCCAUGUUUAGACAUUAACAGACAAAAUAAAUGAAGAGUUAAGAAUGCAUGCUAUCUCUCACUGUGUGAUAGACAUUUACAUGUUGGAGUAAACAGUGGAUUGUUGGGGAUGUUGUUCUAUCUUGAAUCUGCAUAAAUAUUGAUGAUGUGGUUUUGUUUGAGUGGAAUGGAUUAAGGUAAGUAUUGUGGGGUGGAUCUGUAUUUAUAUGACAACAGUUUGAUUCUAUUUCAUGAUAAUUAAUUUUGUGGGAGAAUGGAUGGCAGAGAGAGUGUAGAUUUUGCAACAUGGUCUUUUAUGACUUUUGUUUAAUUUAUAAUGACUGCUGUACAGUCAGUUUUUCUCAUUUUUGUAACUUCCAUAAUGAUUUACUUUCAUCAGUUGAGAAUAAUUUAAAUACAGUUGCUUGCCUUUCUAUUUAUAAAAAUUUGUUCUCAUAUUAUUUAUAUUCAUAUGUAAUCAGUGGCAAAACAAAUAUAUGCCUCAUAAAAUUUUUGUAACAGUUUA